UUUUACUAAGGAAGUCAGUGCCAUAAUUACCCAAACAAACCGGUUCCAUACCUGGGAUUCAAAGAGGCGAAGAAACACUUUGCUUCCUGCAUUUUCCCUCAGUCGUCUCUUUUCACAGAGCAGGUAUGACAAGAACUGCGGAUCCUGUCCAUAACAUAAACGUGAAGCCUCCCUUCAGCCAGACCAACUUGAAGAGUGGCACAAUUAAGAAAAACGGAUUCCACAGAAAUGCUCAGAAAAAUGGCACCAAGAAAGUGGUUCCCAGGGUUGUGGAGCCAGGAGGCAGGGACAGAGACGGCUUUGAACAGGCGCCGCUCUACGUGGCGGUCAUGACGUACCUUGGCUUCGGGAUAGUCACCCUGUUCGGCUACUUGAGGGACUUCCUGAGAGCAGUUGGGCUCGAGAAGUGUCACCUCGCCCAGGAGAGAGAGGAACAAAAGGACUUUGUCCCACUUUACCAAGACUUCGAGAACUUCUACAUGCGGAACCUGUACAUGAGGGUGCGGGAUAACUGGAACCGCCCCGUGUGCAGCCUGCCCGGGCCCGUGUUCGAUCUGAUGGAGCGGGUCUCCGACGACUACAACUGGACCUUCAGGUUAACAGGGAGAACCAUAGAGAAUGUAAUAAACAUGGGCUCCUACAACUACCUGGGUUUUGCCGAGAACAACGCCAGCUUCCUCAGAACUGUGGCUGACGCCACAGACGAGUACGGACUGGGGGUCUGCAGCACCCGACAGGAAAUGGGUAACCUGAGCAUCCACGCGGAGCUGGAGGAGCUGGUGGCCCAAUUCGUGGGGGCGGAGUCGGCCAUGACGUUCGGGAUGGGCUUCGCCACCAACUCCAUGAACAUCCCGGCCCUGGUGGGAAAGGGCUGUCUUAUCCUCAGUGACGAGCUGAACCACACGUCUCUCAUCCUGGGAGCCCGGCUGUCUGGUGCCACCAUCCGGGUCUUCAAACACAACAACAUGCAGAGCCUGGAGCGCAUGCUGAGGGAGGCGGUGAGCUCCGGCCAGCCUCGCACCCACCGGCCCUGGAGGAAGAUCCUCAUCCUGGUGGAGGGCAUCUACAGCAUGGAGGGCUCCAUCGUGCGCCUGCCCGAAAUCGUGGCGCUGAAGAAGAGGUACAAGGCCUACCUGUACCUGGACGAGGCGCACAGCAUCGGGGCGGUGGGCCGGACGGGCCGGGGCGUGACCGAGCUCCUGGGCGUGGACCCCUCGGACGUGGACGUCCUCAUGGGCACCUUCACCAAGAGCUUCGGGGCCUCCGGAGGGUAUAUCGCGGGGAAGAAGGAGCUGGUGGAUUACCUGAGAGCGCACUCCCACAGCGCUGUCUACGCCGCGGCCAUGUCCCCGCCCGUGGCCGAGCAGAUCAACCGGGCCAUGAAGUGCAUCAUGGGAUUGGACGGCACCACGAUAGGCAUCGAGAGGGUGCGCAAGCUGGCGGAGAACACCAGGUACCUGCGGCGGCGGCUGCAGGAGAUGGGCUUCAUCAUCUACGGCCCCCGCGACUCCCCCGUGGUCCCGCUGCUGCUCUACAUGCCCGGGAAAGUUGGGGCCUUUUCACGAGCCAUGCUGGAGAGGAAGAUCGGCGUGGUGGUGGUGGGCUUCCCGGCCACGCCCAUCGGCGAGGCCCGAGCGCGGUUCUGCGUGUCCGCCGCGCACACCAAAGACAUGCUGGACGAGGUGCUGAGUGCCCUGGACGAGCUGGGAGACUACCUGGUCCUGAAGUUCUCCCGCCGGACCCACUCGUUCCGCCCCGAGUUCUACGACGACACAGACUUUGAGCUGGACAGCUGAUGGAACUACUGACAGAAGACUGACCAACCGACAUUCUGUCUUCUCUCACUUAAUUUAUGGGUCAAGAGACAGGAGGGCAGUUCAAUGCUCUGGUCUGUUUUGGUCACUGAAGGAAUGGCAUUUACCUGAUAUGACUGCAGAAUAGGUUUGUAAGUCUGUAAAUGUGUUAAUAGUAAAUUUGGUACUAUUACUAUUUUAACAGUUUUGUAUUUAUUUUGUAUUUUCUUCUUUUUUAAAUGAGUGUCUCACAUAAUGUACAAUGUCAAUCAAUGGCAAUGGUUUAAUAAUAAUACAAAUAAAAUAAAAUAGUAACAAUAAAAAUAUAAUUAUUAUUAAGUCUUCUAUUAACCAUGUGCUAGUGCCAGCACUAACUGACUGGAAGCUGUGCUGCAUUGUGCAUAAUGGAAGUCACCAGUUGCUGGACUGCAUUUGAAUGCCAUUAGCUAGAAAUUUAAAAAUGAUGGAUAUCAUUUGGUUCCUAAUGAAACGAGAAAAACAAGUUGAUGAUUAACUCUUUCAGACUUGCACAGCUGAAGCUCUGCCAUCUUGUCAUUAAGAAAUGGAUUUUGGUUUUGAAAAAACAUUUUAAAAUGUUUCUUAUUAAAAUUAAAUUCAAUAUGGGUCCAAAAAUGAAUGGUGCGUACAUUGGUCAACCAUACAAUACAACCGUGCAAUAAACUGGAAAGCAUUUCCACAACAAACUUCCCAGAAAGUAAGUUUUUGCUGGUUGGUUCGCUAGCUUGUGGUCAUCCCAUGUUUUGAAGCCAUCUUGAAUAAAUGACUUGAAUCAUA